AAAUGGUAAGGCUCUGAAUUUGACGGGGGUCAUUUGGACUGUUUGUUUUUGGAGUACCUCGCCAGUGCCGGACCCUCCAAACCAUAUCUUUCUAAAUCCAAAGUUCCACUGUUCAGACAUUUCUUCAUAUUAGGCUGUUUGGCCCUCCGCCUUAAUCCAAGAUGUCUAAGAAGGCCCCAACCGAGGACGAGAAGUUCCUCUUCGUCGACAAAGAUUUCCUAAACAGCCCUAUGGCUCAGGCCGACUGGGCAGCCAAGAAGCUUGUGUGGGUCCCAUCGGAGAAGCACGGCUUCGAGGCGGCUAGCAUCAAGGAGGAGCAUGGCGACGAGGUGGUGGUGAUGCUGGCUGACAGCAACAAGAAGGCAACAGUCAACAAGGAUGACAUCCAGAAGAUGAACCCGCCCAAAUUCAGCAAAGUGGAGGACAUGGCUGAGCUCACCUGCCUGAACGAGGCCUCUGUGUUGCACAAUCUCCGCGAGAGGUACUUCUCUGGGCUCAUUUACACGUACUCUGGCCUGUUCUGCGUGGUGGUGAACCCCUAUAAAAUGCUGCCCAUCUACUCAGAGAAGAUCAUUGAGAUGUACAAAGGGAAGAAACGACAUGAAGUGCCCCCUCAUAUCUACUCAAUCACUGACAACGCCUACAGAAACAUGAUGCAAGAUCGUGAGGACCAGUCCAUUCUCUGCACCGGGGAGUCUGGCGCUGGCAAGACGGAGAACACCAAGAAGGUCAUUCAGUAUCUGGCUGUUGUGGCCUCCUCACACAAAGGCAAGAAGGAUAGCAGUGCUCAACAAGCAGGAACACAGUUUGCCUACGGGGAGCUGGAGAAGCAGCUCCUGCAGGCCAAUCCCAUCCUGGAGGCCUUCGGAAACGCCAAGACCAUCAAAAAUGAUAACUCCUCUCGAUUUGGUAAAUUCAUCCGUAUCAACUUUGAUGUGACCGGCUACAUUGUUGGAGCCAAUAUUGAAACUUACCUGCUGGAGAAGUCUCGCUGUAUCAGACAGGCAAAGGUUGAAAGAGCCUUUCACAUUUUCUACUACAUGAUUGCUGGUGCCAGAGACAAGCUGCGUGAGGAACUUCUCCUAGAGUCCUUCACUAGUUACCGCUUCCUGGUCGCGGGACAUGUCCAGCUCCCCGGCCAGCAAGACGAUGAGAUGUAUGAAGAGACUAUGGAGGCAAUGAACAUCAUGGGCUUCACCGAAGAGGAAAGAACUGACAUCCUGAAGGUGUGCUCCACAGUCAUGCAGCUGGGAAACAUUGAGUUCAAGAAAGAGAGGAACCAGGAGCAGGCGACUAUGCCAGACAACACCGCGGCCCAGAAGGUGUGUCACCUGCAGGGCAUCAAUGUGACAGACUUUACCCGUGCCAUGCUCACCCCUCGAAUUAAAGUGGGCAGAGAGCUGGUGCAGAAGGCUCAGACCAAAGAGCAGGCUGACUUUGCUACUGAAGCCCUGGCUAAGGCUGUGUUUGAGCGCUUGUUCCGCUGGAUUCUGUCCCGAGUUAACAAGGCCCUGGACAAGACCAAGCGCCAGGGAGCCUCCUUCCUGGGAAUCCUUGACAUUGCUGGCUUUGAGAUUUUUGAGGACAAUUCCUUUGAGCAGCUUUGCAUCAACUACACCAAUGAGAAGCUGCAGCAGCUCUUCAACCACACCAUGUUCAUCCUGGAGCAGGAGGAGUACCAGAGGGAGGGCAUCGAGUGGAAUUUCAUUGACUUCGGACUUGACUUGCAGCCCUGCAUCGAGCUCAUUGAGAGGCCUAACAACCCCCCAGGCAUCCUGGCCCUGCUGGAUGAAGAAUGUUGGUUCCCAAAAGCCACAGAUAUCUCCUUUGUGGAGAAACUUGUGAACACACAAGGGAACCAUUUGAAAUUUGCCAAACCGAAACAGCUCAAAGACAAGACAGAGUUUUCUAUCCUUCACUAUGCUGGAAAGGUGGACUACAACGCCACAGCCUGGUUGACAAAGAACAUGGACCCUCUAAAUGACAACGUCACAUCGCUGCUCAUGGCCUCCUCCAGCACAUUUGUGCAAGACCUCUGGAAAGAUGCGGACAGAGUGGUGGGCCUUGACACAAUAGCCAAGAUGACAGACAGCUCGAUGCCGAGCGCCUCAAAGACCAAGAAGGGAAUGUUCCGUACGGUGGGACAGCUCUACAAGGAGUCUCUCGCCAAACUCAUGACCACACUGCACAAUACCCAGCCCAACUUUGUCAGAUGCAUCAUCCCCAACCACGAGAAGAGGGCAGGGAAGUUGGAUGCCAACUUGGUCCUGGAGCAGCUGAGGUGUAACGGUGUGUUGGAGGGGAUCCGAAUCUGCAGACAAGGAUUCCCCAACAGAAUCGUCUUCCAGGAGUUCCGCCAGCGUUAUGAGAUCCUGGCUGCAGGUGCUAUUCCCAAAGGUUUCAUGGAUGGCAAACAAGCCUGCUGCCUAAUGAUCAAGCAUGUGGACUUGGACCCAAACCUGUACAGGAUUGGACAGAGUAAGAUCUUUUUCCGCACAGGAGUUUUGGCGCAGCUGGAAGAGGAAAGAGACCUGAAGAUCACUGUGAUCAUCAUUGCUUUCCAGGCCCAGGCUAGAGGCUUCCUGGCCAGAAAGGCAUUUGCCAAGAGGCAACAGCAACUCACAGCCAUGAAAGUGAUCCAGAGGAACUGUGCUGCCUACCUCAAACUUAGGAACUGGCAGUGGUGGAGGCUCUUCACAAAGGUCAAGCCUCUACUGCAAGUGACCCGUCAGGAGGAGGAGAUGGGUCUGAAGGACGAAGAAUUGCAGAAAUGCAAAGACGUUGCCGUAAAGUUUGAAUCUGAGCUGAAGGAGAUCACCUUGAAACACACAUCGGUUUUGGAGGAGAGGAACGCACUGCAGGAGCAGCUUCAGGCAGAGACAGAGCUGUAUGCUGAGGCUGAGGAGAUGAGGGUCCGUCUGGGGGCUAAGAAACAGGAGCUGGAGGAGAUCCUCCAUGAGAUGGAGGCCAGACUGGAUGAAGAGGAAGAACGUUCUCAGUCAUUGCAAAUUGAGAAAAAGAAGAUGCAACAACAGAUGCAGGAAUUGGAAGAGCAUUUAGAAGAGGAGGAAGAUGCCCGUCAGAAGCUGCAGCUUGAGAAGGUUACUUGCGAGGGGAAGAUCAAAAAGCUUGAGGAUGACGUCAUAGUGAUGGAGGACCAGAACAACAAGCUGCUGAAGGAGAGGAAGCUGAUGGAGGAGAGGAUUGCAGACUUCAGUACCAACUUGGCUGAGGAAGAAGAGAAGUCGAAGAACCUUACCAAGCUCAAAAAUAAACACGAAUCCAUGAUCUCUGAACUGGAGGUCCGCUUGAAGAAGGAAGAAAAGGGUCGACAGGAGCUAGACAAGGUUAAGCGUAAGCUGGAGGCAGAGUCAAAUGACCUACAAGAGCAGAUAGCUGACCUGCAAGCCCAGAUUGCUGAACUCAAAGCACAACUCGCGAAGAAGGAGGAGGAGUUACAGAAUGCCCUGGCCAGGUUAGAAGAUGAGACAGCUCAGAAGAACAACGCUCUGAAAAAGAUCAGAGAGCUGGAGGGACACAUUUCCGACCUGCAAGAGGACCUCGACUCCGAGCGGGUGGCCAGGAACAAGGCUGAGAAGAUCAAACGGGACCUCGGGGAGGAGCUGGAGGCCCUUAAGUCUGAGCUUGAGGACACCUUGGACACCACUGCCACCCAGCAAGAACUAAGAGCCAAACGUGAGCAAGAGGUAAACCUGCUGAAGAGAGCCAUUGAAGACGAGAACAGAACCCAUGAGGCCCAGGUACAGGAGAUGAGACAGAAACACACCCAGGCUGUGGAGGAGAUCACAGAGCAGCUGGAGCAGUCCAAGCGAGUGAAGUCAAACCUGGAGAAGGCCAAACAGGCUCUGGAAAAGGAGACGUCUGAAUUAACCAUUGAGGUGCGCUCACUGGUCCAAGCCAAACAAGAUGGGGAGCACAAAAGGAAGAAGUUGGAGGGUCAGGUGGUAGAUCUGCAGUCGCGCUUCACUGACAGCGAGAAGCAGAAGGCUGAACUGGGAGAACGUUGCUCCAAGAUCACGGUUGAACUGGAGAGUGUGACAAACAUACUGAAUGAAGCAGAGGGUAAGAACAUCAAACUGAGCAAAGACGUCAGCAGCCUCGGCGCCCAACUACAAGACUCACAGGAGCUAUUGGCUGAGGAGACACGUCAGAAGCUGCAGUUCUCUACCAAACUUCGGCAAGCAGAGGACGACAAGAACAGCUUACAGGAGCAGCUUGAAGAGGAGAUGGAGGCCAAGAGGAACGUGGAGAGACACGUAUCCACCCUCAACAUCCAGCUGUCAGAUUCCAAGAAAAAGAUGGACGAAAUGACAGCAAACGUCGAGCUCCUGGAGGAAGGUAAGAAACGUCUGCAGAGAGACUUGGAGUCAGCCAACACCCAGUUUGAUGAGAAGGCCUCAGCAUAUGACAAACUGGAGAAGACCAAAAACCGUCUGCAGCAGGAGCUGGAGGACACGCUGAUGGAUCUGGACAACCAGAGGCAAAACGUGUCAAACCUGGAGAAGAAGCAAAAGAAGUUUGACCAGAUGCUGGCUGAGGAGAAGAGUAUUUCCAGUAAAUAUGCAGAUGAGAGAGACCGUGCCGAAGCCGAGGCCAGAGAGAAGGAGACUAAGGCUCUGUCCCUGGCGAGGGCUCUGGAGGAGGCCCAGGAUUCCAGAGAGGAGCUGGAGAGAGCCCACAAGUCCCUUAAGGCGGAGAUGGAGGACCUGGUCAGCUCCAAGGAUGACGUGGGAAAAAGUGUCCACGAGCUGGAGAAGUCCAAGCGUGGCCUGGAGGCCCAGGUGGAAGAGAUGAAGACCCAGCUGGAGGAGCUGGAGGACGAGCUUCAGGCGGCUGAGGAUGCUAAACUGCGCCUGGAGGUCAACAUGCAGGCUCUGAAGGCCCAGUUUGAUAGGGACCUCCAGGGACGCGAUGAAAUGGGAGAGGAGAAGAAGAGACAGCUUGUCAAGCAGGUUCGUGAGUUGGAGACAGAGUUGGAGGAUGAGCGUAAGCAAAGGGCCUUGGCAAUGGCAGCGAAGAAGAAGAUGGAUACAGACAUGAAAGAUCUGGAGGGACAGAUUGAGACGGCCAAUAAGGGACGAGAGGAGGCCAUCAAGCAGCUCCGCAAGCUCCAGGCUCAGAUGAAGGACUACCAGAGAGAGUUGGAAGAUGCCCGUGCUGCCCGGGAGGACGUGCUGACUACUGCAAAGGAGAGUGAGAAGAAGGCCAAGAGCCUGGAGGCUGAGCUCAUGCAGCUGCAGGAGGAUCUGGCUGCAGCCGAGAGGGGGAAGAAGCAAGCAGAGGCUGAAAGAGAUGAGCUGUCCGAUGAGCUGGCGAGCAACUCCUCUGGAAAGUCAGCCCUGGCAGAUGAGAAGCGUCGGCUGGAGGCUAAGAUCUCCCAGCUGGAGGAGGAGCUGGAGGAGGAGCAGAGCAACAUAGAGAUCAUCAACGACAGGCUGAGGAAGAGCACACAACAGGUGGAUCAGCUGACCAAUGAGCUGCAGACGGAGCGCACCACCUCCCAGAAGAACGAGAGCGCUCGGCAGCAGAUGGAGCGCCAGAACAAGGAGCUUAAGUCCAAGCUCCAGGAGAUGGAGAACCAGGUCAAGUCCAAGUUCAAGUCCUCCAUCAGCGCCUUGGAGGCUAAAGUGGCACAGCUGGAGGAGCAGCUGGAGCAAGAGAACAGGGAUAAGCAGGCAAGUGCCAAGAGUAUACGCCAGAAGGACAAGAAGCUCAAAGACCUCAUUAUGCAGGUGGAGGACGAAAGGAAACAAGGAGAGCAGUACAAAGAUCAGGCAGAGAAGUCGAAUACUCGCAUGAAGCAGCUGAAGCGGCAGUUGGAAGAGUCGGAGGAGGAGUCCCAGCGGGCUACAGCCGCCCGCAGGAAGCUGCAGCGGGAGCUGGAUGAAGCCACCGAGUCUAACGAUGCCAUGAGUCGUGAGGUCAACUCUCUCAAGAGCAAACUCAGGCGUGGAAAUGAGCCCUCCUUCAGUACUACAACUCGGCGUAUGGGAGGAGGCCGAAGGGUAGUCGAGGAUGCUUCAGAGGAGGAGGCAGACACCCAAAGCGACUUCAAUGGAACCAAGUCCGCAGAGUAAAAGGACGCCAAAUAACCAGAUAUCAGAAUUACCUACCAGGGCAGGAUUGCCGCUUAAAACAGAGUAACUUCAAAUCCUGUUAUGUUAUCUAGUUCUUCCACAUCACAUCAUUUCCAAUAGUGUACUGAUCUAUCUUCUUGUUUCAGAGCACAUUUUCUUGACACAAAACAAUCAGAAGGACUUGAUAUCAACUAGGGGAGUUGUUUCAGUGGCUCUACUGAUGUGUGAUGUGCUGUUCCUUUUAUUUUUUUAUUUACACUGUUUUGUACUGCACUGAAUGACCGAUACUUUGUUAUGCAAGGUUUUGUACACACAAACAGGUGCCUCUAAUUAUCAUAAUAACCUGCCAGCAAAGCCUCGGGUCUCCACAAUUUGUCACCUUAGGACUUAAAGCAGAGACAUCCUGUAAAUGUAUGGAUCUGUAACUCUUACCAGCGACUGUCGUCCUGUUGCCUGUGACUGCUGUUACUGUUCCAGAGCAGCGCUGAGGUGGUUUAUCAGAUUGGAACUGAUGAAAUAUGUUUCUCUAUCCAAUUUACCUCCAAUCAGUGCUGCCCUUUGUAUCCCAAUGAAAAAAUAUAUAGCAAUUCAACAUUUUCUAAAGUCACCGUUUUAUAUUAUUUGCACCUUUCUUGUGGCCAGAUUUUUAAAUUAAUUUGACACAAGUCCAGUAACGACAGAAUGUUUGAGGUCAGAGAUGGUUUAAAAAUCACGUUUAUAAAAAAAUAAUGAGCCAGAUUUCUGUGUUGGGCACUUACUUCAUUUUUCACUUUGCCCAGAUUUACUGUACAUGUUUUAAAAGCCCCUGAUCACCUUAAACCAAUUCUCAUUUGAUAAUGUUAAAUGUAAUCAACUGAUGUUUACAUGACACAAUUUGUAUCUAUUAAUUGUUGAACCACCUGCACAAGAAAUAAAGAUCUUUAAAAAAACAAAAAAGUCAUGAUUUUCUCCCUUUUAAUGUUUCCGUCUCAAUCAGUAACUUCAAGGAUCAAACGGUAUCAUCACAACAUAACAUUAUUCUCAUCUGUUCAGUUCAAUAGAAAAAACAACUGUAAACCAACAGGAUAAAGAGUUGGGUAUAGUACCUCAGGCACAUACAGUUAAAAGUCCAUACACACACAAGCGUAUUUGCAGAGAUGCUGCACACAACAGCCAGUACACAGUGGUCAUGGAUUACAAUUUACAGUCAAGCACAUGUUUUAGUUCAAGGACAGCAAAGAGGGGCCAGAACUCUCAAAUGUAUGAACCACACACCUGUAGGCUGCAGUGCAGAGUACAGUGAUGACUGCUACAUAAAAGAUGAGAUUAAGAUAUGUACUGUGAUGUCUGCUUCAUGAGCUGCUGGAUGGCAGUAGUGACAGAAAAAUUCUCAGGGAAAACAUCACAUUAAAAGGGUUCAUCGUUCUACUCCUCCAUUCACAAUCUCUCUUACCAAAAAGGCAGUAAACAAGGGUAUUCAAUAUAGGCUCUAUUUAGCUACACAAAUAUACUAUGAACUGUGCUUAUCUUUGACCUGUUCAAAUCUAUUAUUGCUUUUUUUUCCUUCAGCCUGUUCACCAUAUAAUUCAUCUCCCAGACAAAUAAGAGUCAUUACUAUACAUUCAAUAGUGCACUUGUGCUGCUCUAAAAUUCUACAGUCAACUAAAGUCAGUAAACGAAAUCUUUGUAACACAUAAUCAUACAUUUGCAGCAGGACAAAUUAAAAUCACUGAGGCAGAAAAAAACCUGUUCCUAUUCUUCGCACUAAUACGUCUUGCCAACUGAGAAAAUAAUUAAGUCUGCAAAAACAAGUCUGUGCAAUCACAAGAAGGGGAGGUGAUGAAAAGGAGCUUAGUCAAACUCAAUUUGAACAACUAUGGUGCGAGACUUCUUAAUCCAGACUGAAGAAACGUGUUGUCCCCCUCAUCUCUCAACAGCCUGGCAACAAGAGGAAUAGAUGACCUAUUUGUGUAUUUUAAAUGACGCGACA